UAAAUAAAGGCACCCAAAACACACACAUACACACGCGCGCGCGCACACACACAUCUGCACGGUCAGGUCAGAGGGAGGGGAGGAAGGCGGAUCAGUCAGUCCAGACUCCAGGACUUCCUCAGCAGAGCUGAAGCAGAGCCUACAGCGCAGUCAUGGAGGAAUCUGCCCCCCGUCAGGGCCGCUCUGUGUUUGUGGGGCUGGUAGGAGCUUCGCAGCUUCUGGGUCUGGCCUCGGUGGUGCUGACGGGUGUGUGGAUGGGUCACUACCGCCAGGGUUUUGCCUGGAACGGCUCGGCGCAGGAGUUCAACGUGCACCCUCUGUGCAUGGUGCUGGGCCUGGUCUUCCUGCAUGGCGACGCCAUCCUGGUUUACAGAGUGUUCCGUAAUGAGGCGAAGCGGAACGUGAAGCUGCUUCACGGCAUCAUUCACCUGCUCGCCCUCAUCAUCAGCAUCAUCGGUUUUGUAGCUGUGUUCGACUACCACAGAGCAGCUAAGAUUCCAGACAUGUACUCUCUACACAGCUGGUGCGGCAUGGCCACCUUAGUGCUGUUCUGCAUACAGUGGGUGAUGGGUUUGCUGUUCUUCCUGUUUCCUGUCGCGUCGUCAGGGUUACGAGCCGCGUACCUCCCCGUCCAUGUGUUCUGUGGCCUGGUUCUGCUGGUGAUGGCCAUAGGAACCAGCCUGAUGGGCAUCACAGAGAAACUCCUCUUCAGCAUCAUGCCGACCUACUCCCAGUUUACCCCAGAGGGAGUGCUGGCCAAUGUCUUAGGGCUCCUGCUGGUUUGCUUCGGGGUUCUACUUGGUUAUUUGAUCACCAGGGAGGAGUACAGACGUCCACCAAACCCAGAGGAAGAGUCUCUGUCCGUCCACUUCAAGACCCUGACCGAGGGAGGCUCACCGACUUCACCCUGACCUCCUUCUGCAGCCUGAAACCUCCCCUUCAUGUGGACGCUAUCAGUGUCCUGCUAACCAACUCUUGUGCCACCAGUCUCUGUCACUACUUACUUAAACAGUCAUCAAUUUAAAGGCCAAUGACGAUGAAUGUUAGAAAAGUCAAAAACUACCAGACAAAAAGCUGUAAUGACAAUCUCUCUGCGGUUAACACAAAACGUUUCCAUUUGAAUAGCUUUACCCAAACUUAUUUCACUACAGGAAACAACAACAAUCUCUCAGUUACCAACCUGAAUAUUUAAAGUGGAUUAUUCAUUUUAAUCACAGUGCUCAUCUUCCUGAAUGCAAAUAUUCCACCAAAACUAUUCCACCUGGCACUACUCUGUGAGCCGCAUCCUUUGAUUAGCCCCAUCUAAAGAAAUUCAAACGAGCCAGGGCAUUUUUUUCCCAUACUACAAUGAUAUUGAGGUGCAGCCAGACUAUUGUGUGCUACAGACUGUGAUGGCAAAGCCAGAUUACCAAGAGUCCCACUGUGGAAACUUUAAGCGUAGGUUCUGAUUUAUGAUUAGGAUUUCACCCACUGAUGAAAUCACUAGACAGAUGAAUUGUGACAUCAUGCUGUAGUUACUGUAUAUUCCCUGUACUGUUUCACUUCCCUCAGUGGAGCUUCAUGCAUAUUUAUAUCACUGGAGUUAGAUCCAGGUGGUUUUUGUUUCAUCCACUGCUGCUUUGCAAUCUCGAUGCUCAUUUGCCUUAAACGUUUCCUUGGUGAUCUCACUCCCAUCUCAUCUUCUGGUCUUCACCGUUUUGACUCAGAAGUUGUAGCAGAAGCUUAAAAAUAUAGAAAUGUACUUUCUGUAAGGCCACAUUAUAAAAUAGGAUGCUAUAGGUGUUUGGGGUCAGGAACUGAAGAGUCUAGAGAGUUGAGUGAUAGUUUUCGAGCAUCUGCUAUGAUCCUGGAUGGAGAGCUGUGCAGGAAAAAGACCAACAGAAGGAACUGGAGGAACGUUUUAUUUACCACUGGAUCUCCCUCCAGUAACACACAACCGACAUCAGCUGUGGAUGCCAAAUUAGAAUCUUUCCAUGAAACACACUGUAUGAUUUCCUGCUAACAUUCAGUGCCAGAUCAUUCAUGAUCAGUUCAGCAGUCGAUCUUUCUGUGGCCUCCAAAUUUUAGAUCUGUUUCCAAAUAAGAAAAGCACUCAGAGAGUGCAGUACUCUGCCAAGGCUGCUCAGUCAUAUGAUUUCUCAUGGAUAAGUCCUCAGCGGUGGAUUUGUAGUAGGAUCGCAAUCAUGUGAUCGUCAGCAGGCAGCUGACGUAGUGUUCACUUGUUGCCUCUAUCUCACAAUGAUCCAGAAAUCUUUAACAAAUCUGUGGAUCCAGACUAUAAGCUGCAUCACUGCCAAAAUCUAAUCACUUGUUCUUUGUGUAAUUUCUGACCGCUGAAAAUUUCAUCCAAAUACGUUUGUCUGUUUUUGAGUAAUGUUGCGCACAGACAGACAGACAGACAGACAGACAGACAGACGGCAAUCGUCGCAUAACUCCACCGUGUUCCUUGGCGGAGUAAUGACAGCUUUUGGUAAAAUGUAUUGUUUUAUUUCCAAAAUAUAUAUCUUUCAUGAAUACAAAUAAUAUAUCUAAUGACUUCUAAUCAAGUUUCAACAAUGUCAAACUCAUCCUUCAAACAGAUCAAACUCUGAGUGUGGUGUUCCUCAAGACUCUAUUGUUGGCCUCCAGUUGUUUUCUAUCUACAUGGCUCCACCAGGACACAAUAUUCAUGAAUUAUUACAUUGAAAACAAGUUGCAGACUGAUUAAAGUGAAAGCAUGUCUAGUCUGUCAAACAGGCAUGAGACGAGAGACUGAAAAUUGUGGCUGAAACACGUUCGUUGUAGAUAAAACUUGCAUCCCUGUGAUGUUAGAAGUGAGAAAAAGAUGCAAGAAAAACAGUUCAAGGAAUGAUGAUCUGAGAAAACAUCUGAAGUCUGUUUCUGUCCAUUAGGAACUGAUUCAUUUGUCCAACCACUGGUGCUGUUUUACUCUGAAUGUAGGAUAAGAAGACAGCCAGCUAGCAAAUAUAGAUGGAAACACCACUGAAUUUAAAGAAAAUCUGCUUUGCCUGAAGUUUUAAGAGGGAGAAAAUAUAUUUAACACAUUUGUAAGAGCUCAAUUAGUAUGAAAACAGAACAUUUGUUUGUUCAUGAGAAAGUUCUUUCAGGCCUUUUAAAGGGAAAGUUUGAUGAAUUGAUCAAUUCACUCUACUACAGUUCAUACAGUCGAUGCCUAAUAACCGAAGCUACUAAGCCAAGAAUUUUUGAUCUAUUUAUUAAUAAUUUGAUGUGAUAAUUUAUUUUAUUAUGAUUAGAAUGUCUCCUCAAAAUGUAUUUUGGCGUCGUGUAUGUUUUAAAGAGAGCAGCGAUGCACUCCCAUAAACUCCAUAAUGUUCUGUUAUCAGCAUUCUACAGUAUCUGUCUACCAGUUAGAUGUUUGUAUUUAAAAGAAAAAAAACUAUUGUGUGUGUAUUUAGAUGUGUGUUAUUAGAGUUUGAUGCACUUUUACAUGAAGGUGUUCCAUUCAUAUAGUUGAAUGUGGUUUUUGAAUGUGCUUUUUUAUUAUUUGGCUUGACUUCAGGACUCAACACUAGUGCCUAAUAGAGCUCUGGCAGAUUCACAGUAGUGUGUGUUGUUUAUCUUUACCGUCUUCUUGACUGUGUCUUUGUUCACAAGGAAGUUCUGAUCUCAUCGGGACGAACUGAAAUAAAAGUGUGUGAAAUGAC